AAGUCUCCUUUGCAGCAAAGCGAAGACAUGAAGAAGGAACCAUCUGCAGAUGACAUCGCCACCGUUUGCGCAUUCUCGGGCACAAAUGCUGGCUUGGCCGCCAGGUACCUCAAGGCGAAAGACAACAAUGUCGAAGCCGCCGUGAACGCCAUCCUCGAGAACGAAGACAUUGACAAAUUGGAGCAAAGCUCGUCGCAAUAUGAUCACUCAUGGGACGAGGGGCACUUUACAGGCGACCGCGAUGGCACCGGCAUGAACUUGCAACCUCUGGGUUCAAGCCAUGCACCGACCAGAGGACCAUCCCCGGCGCCAUCUCUGAAUCAUCAGCCGCCGAAGAGCAGGAACGAAGAAGACACAGAUCUUGAGCGAGCGCUGCAAGCAUCACGAGCGGAAUUGGGGGGCGCGCCACAGCAAGAGACGGGAAUUCUGGUGCAUGACGGCACUGAAGUGAAGCAAUUCGGACCUGCGACGAAAGAACAUUACGACGACAAUCGCUGGGCGAUGGUGCCAUCGGUGCGAACAUCGAGUGCCCAGAAUGAAGAUGUGCCGGACCCUGACGCCGCGCAACGAAUCCAUUCGGCUGGAGAACCACGGUUCAUCAAACACACACCCAGUGGCGACUAUACUCCAAAUUUCAUCACGAUUUGCCAUGCAGUCCCAGCUGCGCGGGAGGCGUUAUUGAACAGGCAUCUCGUUCGACCAGACUACGGAAAAGAUGGGGAUUGGUGGCGUGGACGCGCGAUUGGUCUGCCGAGGAUCGUUCACAUCACCGAUGGUUCGCUCGCCGAACCGAGUCUGGACGAUCACGACGAAUUGAUCGCUGAAACGCAGCGCCUCAUGGCGUUCCUGGACGAGAGCGCACGCAGCUAUGGAAACAUUGGUGGUCUCAAGCAGGCGGAAGCCUUCAGUAUCACAGGGUUCCGUGGCUCAGACGAGUUGCGAUCUGGCACCUUGCUUGAACUUUUUCUCAACCAGUGGACGAAGGCCGCUGUAGCGAAGGCGGACGACGCCACAAUCGCCGCGUCGGCAUCGAAGUUGUUCACUACCACCGUGGGGACCAGUUCACCCGAGGGGAUGGACACCCCGCAUCUGGCACUGAUAGACAUGGCGGUGACUUCGGCCGAGGGGCAGAAGACCGAUCUUUUUGAGCUCUUGGACGGUCUCAUCUGGGAGACCGAACCUGGCGAAGUCGAGAUGACUGAUAAUUACCUCGAAAGUCCCGCGGAAAUCCUGGUCAUGCGACUGCGCGCAAUCCCCGAGACCAAAAGCCAACUCGGCGUGGAAGUACCAGCCUCGUUCCACAUCGACAAAUACCUCAAGGGCAAUGUUGCAGCAACCCGCGGGAUCCGACAGGAGAUGGUGUUGGCGAAGCGUCGAAUGAUUAGAAUCGGCAAGCUAGAGUCGGAACUGAAUUAUUGGUCGAGUCCCAACAACAAUGUAAAAUUGGAGGCCAAGUCCUUGCUCAAACACUCACUUGGUCAUUUCUCCGGACAAAACCGCCGUGACGCAGAUAAGAACGACACCACCAACACGCGCUCUGGCGAGGGUGAUGCUCCCCAGGAAUACGCAGACGUGGCCGCCAAGCUGGAAAGCGUCAUGGCUAGCAUCGAACAGAAAUUGGAGUUGCUCGCGCGGGAGAAGGAGAAGACUCGGCAGAUGCUCGCCGAUCUCUCAAAGUCUUCCGCGGUGUUCGGAGACGCCGGUGGCAAGCAUCGAUAUACCCUGCGAGGAGUCGCCACGAAGCCGAACAUCACCUAUGUCCUGCGCCGAAAGGAUGACGAGCCACCGACGCCGACAGCCGCCAGGUUGGGAGCGUCGUCCGACUCGCAGCCGGUCAUCCGUGUGGAGGAAAAGCCGGUGGAGGAUUUUGAUGAAGAAGAUACUACGCCUCGGGACCACCAGUGGUGGCGCAUCGACUACGAAGUAAGCACGGCCGUGGCAUUGCAGCCCCCACCAAGAAUCACCAUCAGUAAAGCCCCGGAUUAUGAUGUCCUCCGUGCUGUCGAGCUCGAACACAACUCGGCUCUCCUGGUAUACGCCAGCGAAGCAGCGUCGUCGCCGUCCGCGACAAGCAGCGCGCCACUGCCAGAGCCGCUUCUCGAGUUCGUCAGCCGCGACAAUGACCUGUUCAAAGCAGAAUUA